AUGGAUGUCCAAACUGGCCACUGUGAGUGGGUUGCUUCAUCCAAUACGAAUUCGUCUACGGAGGGACUCAUUAGCUCUAUUGCUAACCUAAGUUUCGAAGAAACCCGUUUGCUUUGGGGAAAUAGUGGUUAUGCUACUGUGUCUACUCAAGAUGCUCUUGGGAACCGUCCACCAUUCGGUUCGACACCAUGGGAUAUUUCUUCAAACCACACCACUUCAAAUUCCAUACCAAUGGUUCGCAGUCGGCGCGACAAGCCCAACAGUACCAUCCCAGAAUCUAAUCUAAGUGAUGGGAGUAUUUUGAUGUCUCCUGGAUCCAAGGAUAUGGUGGCUUUGGGGAUGCAGAUGGCAGACCACGUUUUAAGUAACUCUCCAGGAAAUAAUGCUCAGUACUUGAGAGACAUUUCUGAAAACUUGUCAAAUGCAUUUCCUCAUCGUCCAGCACCUAAUUCACUCAAUGGAACCCAAUCUUUUGCAUUAAAUUCUUACCAAUAUGAUCCAAACGUAAGAUCAGUCCUUCCAAAUGAGUCAGAUGCUUUGCAUCAAAAUCAACCUCUUCAGUCUGGAGCUAAUGGAUUGAUUUCAAAUUGCUUUAAUCCAGCUCAAUAUUAUAUGCGUCCACCCUCAACUGCAACACAGUCUUUACAACAAGUACCUUAUUCGAUUAUACCUAAUAGAUCAUCGGAAUAUGUGCAUGUAAAAAGCUUUACCUCAGAAGCAAUUAGUUGCGAACCUUGCAAUUCCAUUCAAGCUGAAAACUUAGUACCAUAUUUCAUCAACGUUCCAGCAAAUACAGAUCCUUCAGCGUCCAACAUACCUGCAGAGUCUUUCAAUAUGUUUACUGGUUCCCAUUUACAUCGAGAUCAGCAUCCAGCGAGCCAAUCUGAUAAUACAACCCACUUAGUUCCUAUAAUUCCCCAAACAAAUCGCAUCAGUAGUUUACAUCAUAUGAAGUAUAACUCCACAAACGCUAACGAGGAACAUAAAAACCAAUCAUUUAAUCCUUACUUGGGUGGUGCGUUUUCUGGAGUAAAUCAAUUAAACACAUGCUUAGAUUUUAAUAGUGAAUUUAUGACGAAUCCUUCGUUUAUUAGUCAUGUUUCUUUAGCUUGUAGUGAAGGCUACCUACCAACAUUUAUUCGGUCUAAUGGGCCGCCCUCACAGGACAUAAAUAAUUUUGGAGGUUGCUCAAGCUAUCCUUCUGUAAAUCAAGAUUUUUAUAUGCAUGGACCUUAUAGUAAUCUCGGAGGCAACAGGACGGUGGAACAUGCACCAUCUGAACAUACUACUAACGGACUAGUUACAAAUUCUCCUUAUGGUCCCGCACAAUAUGGGCCACAAAAGUUUCAGCAUACUGUUUACCCUAAAGGUGUAUCUCCAGCUCCAGGUGAUCAACUGAAUAUACAGGUACCAAAUUGUGCUGGUGUAAACAACUAUCCAAUGCACCCAGUUGAUACUAUGGUAAGCACGUUGGUGGGGUCGCAAUUUCUCGGACCAUCAGCGAACGGUCAUGCACAAAAUGGGGCUGGUUUUCAAAAUUUACCUGCCAGCGGUUUAUAUCAACCUCUUAUUCAACCUAAAGAUCCUUCUAUACAUAUUCAGGCUCAAGCUGUUCAGCCUGUUUCAAACGACCAACAACAACAAUCUGCAGCCUUAUUCGCACACACUCUUCAGUUGUUUGCAGCUGCCGCUGCUAGGAAUAUGGGUUCUGGAACACACGAUAUUCACGUAUCUGGUGUCGGGUCAAGUAACAGUGGAUCUGUAUUAAAUUCUGUUGAUUUUGAGUGUUUGAGGCCUUCAGGUGUAAGUGCAGAAGUUUCGCUUACUGCACCCAUUCUACCAGAUCAUUUGCAGGCGUAUGCGAGUAAUUCUUGUGUUCCUGUAAAUGCUGUGGAAAGUCCGGGUCCCCGUCAUCCCCAUUCUACCUUGGAUUUUAAGUCAAUGUGCUCAACGGUUCCUGCUCCUUUCCCACCUAUCUCAUCAUCCAUUCAUUCACAAAAUAUUUUUCCACAAACUGAUGUAAUUACUCAGGAGUUCCAGCAUGCUGGUUUAGGUUAUACCGGAUUGUCAUCUAUGAAUUCAAUGGGUGAUCGUCUGCUUCGACCUUCCAAUAAUUUCGCAAGACCUACACCACCAUUGUCUUCCAAUCGUAUGCCUUAUAUUCCUGCGAGUGUUACAGACUCUCAAUCACCUCCUAGAACUCCGACUACAAUAAUUGGCCCAAGAAUUAGUGUGCCACCAGUCCCACCGAGACCUCAAAUAGCUACUUCAACUAUGUAUACUUGUCAAAAUAAUGGUCCACCUCCUUUUUCUUCCAUACAUACACCACGUUUUCCCUCACGCGGCCCAACUAGUUAUCCACAACUGAAUUUAACACUCAUGCCUCCGCCUCUUCCUCCUUACCCUCAUCAUAUUCAUCAACCACCGCCUGUUCUUCCACCACCUGGAUUUCUACCACCAGCUCAUUCCUAUCGCCCUUCUGGAACCAGUAGCUCUUCUGUCCCACUUAAUAAUACAUCUCCUUCAGGAAACAAGCCUGUUCAUAACAGAUUUCCAAAAGAUCACACUCACUGUACAACACUGCAUCAACCUAACACCCCUGUGUCUGUGAUGGCACUCACGUUUGCAGCUGCUCAGCAACAAACCUCAGGAGUAAAUCCUACUUUCGGGAUAAGGCAUUCAUCAUCCAACCAAACUUCUCAUUUUCCACCUCCGUACUAUGGUUUUCCUACUGAUUCAACCGCAACUCCCACUUUCCAACCAAAUUCUUCGUACCUUAAUCAUUCUAACCCACCGUUACAUAUUAAUAAUGUAUUGCACCUAAGACCGACUAAUGAUGCUGCUCCAGAGCGUAGUCGUCUGUUGGAAGAGUUUCGUAAUUCUCGAUUGCCUUGUUUAACAUUGCAUGAUUUAAUGAAUCAUAUCGUGGAAUUUGCUCAAGAUCAGUAUGGUUCACGUUUUAUUCAACAGAAAUUAGAACAAGCUAGUGUUGUAGAUAAAACUAGUGUGUUUCGUGAAAUUCUUCCUUAUGCAUACAAUCUAAUGAUCGAUGUAUUUGGAAAUUAUGUAAUACAGAAGUUUUUUGAAUUGGGAACACCAGAGCAAAAACAAAUACUAGCUCAGAGAAUACGUGGACAAGUUUUGUCAUUGUCCCUUCAGAUGUAUGGUUGUCGUGUCAUACAAAAAGCUGUUGAGUCUGUCCCAUUGGAAAUGCAAAUAUCAAUCGUUAAGGAACUGGAUGGAUGUGUAAUCAAAUGUGUGAAGGAUCAAAAUGGAAAUCAUGUUGUACAGAAAUGCGUGGAAAAUGUCCCUCCAGAACACUUACAGUUUAUUAUAGACGCUUUUAAGGAUCAUGUAUAUUCGAUAUCUACUCAUUCGUAUGGUUGUCGUGUUAUUCAACGUAUUUUAGAGCACUGUACACCUGAACAAAUUACUCCAAUUCUCUCUGAGUUACACCAACACACUGAUGCGCUUGUUAAAGAUCAGUAUGGAAAUUAUGUGAUUCAACAUGUUCUUGAACACGGAAAAACGGAAGACAAGAGCCGAAUCGUAGAACACAUCAAAGGUCGUGUAGCUAAGCUGAGUGUGCACAAGUUCGCUAGUAAUGUUGUAGAGAAAGCUGUUGCGAACGCUUCACGAGUUGAGCGUCAAUCACUUAUCAAUGAAAUACUUGAAGAAACUGUGUUAACUGAAAAUCAAAUUGUACAAAAUGGACAAAAUCAAUCUAGGGAAUUUCGGGUUGAUGAUAGUUUUAGUGAGAAUGAUGAUGACGAUGAUGAUGAUGAACCCAGAACGAGAAGUUCGGUUUUAGUUAUGAUGAUGAAAGAUCAGUUUGCUAAUUAUGUUAUCCAGAAAAUGUUGGAUGUUGCUGAACAACCGAUAAGGAAAGAGCUUAUGAUUCAAAUUCGUCCACAUUUAGGUAUUUUACGUAAAUAUACUUACGGUAAACAUAUCAUUAAUAAGAUGGAAAAAUACUACAUGAAAACAAAUCAGUUACAUUUAGCCGUUGGACUAAAUUCUCCAUCACCACCUCCAUCUCUAGAUAUUGUAAACGCUUCUUCAAACAUCACUCAAUCGAAUUUAAAUUCAACUAUUCGUAGUUGUGGAAGUACACAUAGCAGUUCGGCUGCAUCACUCCUCCCACCACUGUUAACUCCAACAGAUAUGGCUAUUCGAGCUUCGAAGUCAAUUUCAGUGAAUCGAUCCGGUCAUUCACACCAUUGCUAUUCUAAUCAUAUCUCUCACCAUCAUCAGUCGUAUUUAUCUUCAUUUUCGCGUAAUGGUUUACCAUCACAUCGGGUAAAACAUAAAGAGUCCAAUAAUAGUAACUCAAAUUCUCAGAAAGUUUCAAAUGAGGAAAUGCAAAGUAGUUCUACACUUAUGUCUGAUAGUACGAGUUCAUCCAAAGAGACGUUGGAAGUGCAUAGAAGUUUUGAUGACGAGUUCUGUGGUGGUGAUAAUAUUAGGUCCUUAAAAAGUAAACAUGAAAAACACAAUUCCGAAUUAGAAUCAUCUAAUUUUAAUCAAACACCAACGACUACGAAUGAACGCUCCAAUAGGAACUGUGACGAUAAUAAAGGAAAAGUAAAAUUAUCAGAUCCAGACAGUACUAGUCAUUUGUAUCAAGUAGUCAAUGAUGUAUCAAGUGAUUUUCGAGUGUCAUCAACAACAAAAUCUAGUAUUCCAACAUCUACUAGCGUCAAACUUAAUGAAGUAGAUGUUAAUAGUGGAAAGUCAAGAAGUGUCGGUGAACUAUUGACUAACGGUAGUGAUCAUUAAUAAUGUUUGCUAUACCUUUUCCUCUUCCUUUAUGUCAAUUUAUCUUCUUCUUCU